AUGGGAAAGAAGACCUACGACGUCGUGCGACCGAUCGCUGCUGGCGGAUAUGGGUCGGUACUCAAAGUUCAGUUGGACGAUAAACUCUACGCUCUGAAGGUCUGUGAUGCUGAUGAUCCCAACAAGAAGGACAGUUACGACCGCGAGGCCAAAGCCUUGAGGAGGACGAACAACUGUCACAUCAUCAAAUUACAUGCAGCAUUUCAGGAGCGUGGACAUUUAUGCCUAGCACUCGAGCUUGCAAACAAGAGUUUGGAGGACGUACUGCGACAAACAAAACGACUCUCACUCGACGACGCCAAGCACUACGCGCGAGGGAUUGCUGCUGGCCUUGACUACCUACACCAAAGGUCAAUUGUCCACCGGGAUAUCAAACCCAACAACAUCCUGUUAUUCGGCGUUGAUUCUCGGGUAGUCAAGCUAGCUGACUUUGGCCUCGCCCUCUGUCUUGAUGGCAAAAGAAAGACGAUCCGGGGAGCAUGCGGGACGGACGACUAUCAAGCACCAGAGAUGUCAGGAAGUGCACCCUACAGCUCUCAAGUAGACGUGUAUUCAUUUGGAGUUGCACUGUUCAGGAUGGUUACCGGUAGUCUGCCUAAAGGGAUCACAGCAAAGGCCUUCUUUGAGCAAGUUCUCCACAAGAACCCGGACGUGCGCUUUGAUAUACAGCAAGCAAGGGCUCACACCUUUCUUCAGGUUGAUCAGAAUGGAGGAGAACAAAGCACAGAGGACAGCAUCGGACCUUCAUUGGGCAAGCGACCAUCAGAGGCGACCUUGGAGGAACGGGAGGAAAAGCGCGCUCGCCAAGAUGCUCCAAACCCUCGAGAAGAAGAUAGGGACAACGAUUCACGAACGGUCGGUCGUGCAAGCACCUUACCUAUUUUCACAACUACAAGGACCAUUACCUCAAAGGAAGAGAAACCUGUUCACUCGUACUGA